AUGUCCUCUCAUCCAAUCGUCUCGAUAAUACCCCCACCUCGCUCCUUACCAAAAGACCAUCACGGCCCUUUCCAAUCAUCCAAGCAGAAGUCCAAGAGCAAGACCAAAUCACCCAUCGAAGAGGAUGACGAGGAUGGAUGUCAUAAUCCAACUUAUCAUAAGCCCAAAUACUUUAAGAACCCCUGGCCAUCUUAUCGGACUGCCUCCUUGCACGAUGCAUACCUAGCAUAUCAAUUGGGAGCAGCCGUAGCCCUUCCACCACAUCAGACGCCAGGCUCGUCAAAAUUAGGAUUGACAGAUCAAGAACCAUACGAUGAAGAUGGAAAUGACGACCCGAGAGAGGAAGACGGAAGCUUGAGAGCAGAGACUGAUUCGAUGACACCCAAAAGGCUUUAUAUCCGACCUGAUUUUUCGGAAGUGAAGGAAGAUGAUGAAUUCGAUGAUUGGCGUGAACCCCCUGUCAGAACUGUUGAGCCCACUUGGUUAUCUUCCUCAGCAGCGGAAGAAGGAGGAGAGGAUAGAAGGGAGAAGGUGACUUGGUUGGGUCAUGCGGGUGUAUUGAUAAGGGUUCCGUUCAAAGAUCGAAUUGGUUAUGCUGGAGUAAUCUUUGAUCCUAUCUUCUCGUACAGAUGCUCUCCAACUCAGUAUGUCGGUCCGGCAAGAUAUCAAGAUCCACCAUGUAAAGUAUCGGAGUUACCUGAUAUCCAUAUAUGCUGCAUAUCUCAUGAUCACUAUGAUCAUUUGGACUAUUAUACCAUCAUGGAUCUAUGGAAAUAUCACCAGACGACCAUUCAUUUCCUGGUACCACUCGGUCUCAGACAAUGGUUCAUCUCCUCCGGUAUCCCUUCAACCCGAAUAACAGAGCUAGACUGGUGGCAUGAAACAAUCAUCUCAUUCCCUCCCCUUACUAAUCCAGAUGAAUCCUUCGAAUCGUAUAAAGACGAUAAACUACCUGAUUCGUCUUCCACUUAUCCACCUUCCGAGCCCGCAGCGAGAGUCUCAAGUGAGACCACGCUUGACGAACCCAGUUCGUUGAAUCUGAAAUUCGCAUUUACACCUGCACAACAUCGUUCAGGCAGGGGGUUGUUGGAUCAUAUGACUACUCUCUGGGGAUCGUGGUGUUUUGGCGUGGUCGAGGAUGAAGACAGAUCAAAGGUCAAUGAGAGGGGGAUGAGGGACUGGAAAGGUUUCAAGGUGUUUUUCGGGGGCGAUACGGGAUAUAGAUAUGCGACUGCACUUGAGGGGGAUGAUGAUGCUAUCUGUCCUGCUUUUGAGGAAAUCGCUUCUUACUAUUCUCCAUUCACCCUAUCUCUUCUCCCACUCUCCACAGGCUCUUCCCUCCCUUUCCUUCGAACGGUCCUCUCCCUCUCACUAGAUCAAUAUACCUUGACAUCAUCCUUACACUGUUCACCUUUAGAUUCAUUAGAGAUACAUCGGAUAAUCCAAUCAGAAAGAUCAUUAGGUAUACAUUGGGGGACGUUCUGCGAUUUGGACGAAGCGAGGGGAACGAGGGUUGAUUUCGGAAGAUGUAGGCGGAAGUUAGGCGUCUCAGGGGAUUGGGAUGACGAAGGGGUUGAGGAGAGGAAGGGAAGGUUCGUAGUGGGAGAUAUAGGGGAGAUAUUCGUUCUGCCCAAGAAGGAUUAG